UACUGCCCCUCACCCUGAUGCAUGGAAACAUGCGAUUAUCACAUAGACUGGCCUAUGCAUAUUGGAUGAAGCCACAUUGUCUCAGCUAGGUCAUUCUAUUCAUGCGUCUAUUUUUUGGGGAUGUAAUUUUUGUGUCCUAAAUUGUUUUUUUUGUUUUGUUCUGCGGGUUCUGGGCAUCUUUGAAACACUGGGUGGUGGUCCGUGUUAGCCCAUACACGCAUGCGCAGUGGUUUCGUUGCCGCAGAGUGUUUGUCGAGUAGAGGAAAGCCGAAGCUCCGAAGGAAACACAUGCAGGCAUAGGGACUCCAGAUUUCAGCAUCGUCCUCUAUUCCCUACACGUCGACAAUGCAUCGAUAAUGAUGGUAGCGCGCAGCAAUGCCUUCGAUCUAUUCCAUGCGUGAUGUCUAAAUAGCUGCCAAAUAAUACAGCCAAAGAGUGGAGGUAAAACAAGGUUAAGAAAAACAACCAGUGGUGAGUGUGUGACUGUGUGUAGGGCGCAGCCGCCAUGCCGCUGGUUAAAAGAUGCAUCGAGCCCAGGCACCUGUGCCGUGGAGCCGUGCCGGACGGGGUCACCAGCGAGCUGGAGUGUGUCACUAACAGCACCCUGGCAGCCAUCAUCAAACAGCUGGGGGGCCUGAGUCGACAUGCAGAGGACAUUUUUGGAGAGCUGUUCAAUGAGGCCAACAGCUUCUACAUGAGAAUGAACAGCCUCCAGGAGAGAGUGGACCUGCUGGCGGUCAAAGUCACCCAGCUGGACUCCACUGUGGAGGAGGUUUCGCUGCAGGACAUCAACAUGAGGAAGGCCUUCAAGAGCUCCACCAUCCAAGACCAGCAGGUGGUGUCCAGGAACUCCAUCCUCAACCCUGUCAUGGAGAUGUACCAUCGCUGUGACAAACCUCCACCCCUCAACAUCCUUAGCCCCUACAGGGAUGACAACAAGGAUGGUCUGAAGUUCUACACAGACCCGUCCUACUUCUUUCAUCUGUGGAAGGAGAAGAUGAUCCAAGCAACAGAAAACAAGAGGAAGGAGAAAAGGCGGCAGAAGGCAGGUGACAAGGAGCAGAAACAGGUGGAGGACCCCAGCCGGGAGGUGAAGAAGGUGAGGAAGGCCCGUAACCGUCGUCAGGAGUGGAACAUGAUGGCAUACGACAAGGAGUUCCGUCCAGAAAACCGCCUCACGCCUUCACCCUACCAUGGCAUGUCCUCUGAGGGAUCUCUCUCUCCAGACAGGUCUGGUAUGUCUGAUGAGCUGUCCUACCCUGCCAGCCCUAACCACCCACCCCAAGAGGGAGCUGUCUUGGGUCCUGAUGGGAAGGAGCACCUCACAGGCCCCAACCAGACCCAGUCUCUGGACCGGGCCUAUCGACCCCCUGCUGCUGGCACCGCUGCAGCCCAAGCCCGCCAGCACUCCCUGGGCCGCGUGCAGCCCAACCAAGGACCCACACCCACAGACCCCUCCCUAAACGGACCCCGGCCUGCAGCUGCCAAAGAGGCUAGCGGUCACCAGAUGCCAGAGCACUUUAUCCCUCCGGCCCCACCCCCACCUCCUCCCCUCAUCCCCUCAGCCCAGACGGCCUUCGACAGCAGAGCAGGGCCCCCCACCCUGGCCCCUGCAGGUCUCCCCACCCUGGCCCCUGGCACCAUGGCCGCCCUGUCCCGCCCAUACUGCCCCUCACCCCCUCCACCCCCACCCGCCAGCUACUUCCCCUCUCCAUCGCACCCUGUCACUGGGGGACCCCCUGUUGCCCCUCCUCCACCCCCACCUGGUGGCCCCCCAACAUUCGCUCCCUCCCCAGCCCAUGCCAUGCACCCCUCUGGGGGAACACUGCCAAGGAAGGGCAAGGUGCUAGGCAUCCCGAUAAGCGACGCACGCAGCGACCUGCUGUCAGCCAUCCGCAGAGGCAUCCAGCUGAGGAAGGUGCAGGAGCAGCGUGAGCAGGAAGCCAAGAAGGAGCCUGUAGGGAACGACGUGGCCACCAUCCUGUCCCGACGCAUCGCAGUGGAGUACAGCGAAUCAGAUGAGGACUCGGAGCCUGAGGAGAACGAGUGGUCAGACUGAGGCGGAGAGGAGAGGGCUAGGACUUACUGUACUCACCUACAUACUGCUGCUAUUCCAAUACCAGGACACACACACACACACACACACACAGCAUACUACAUCUCGAUUGACCUCUUGUUAGGGAAAGUAGAUGAGACACUUACACAGUAUGACAGUAUCCAUUAACUAGUCAGAUACUGUAUGGGGAAAGGAGGGGAGAGGAGAGGAGAGGAGAGGAGAGGAGAGGA